AUGACACAAUACGAUAACAACAACUACUCCCAAGGCGGCUACCAGGGGGGAGGUUAUCCCCAGGGGAACCCCCCGCCGUAUAACCAAAACCAAGGUUAUAACCAAAACCAGGGUUAUGGUAACCAAGGUCAAGGUUAUGGUAACCAAGGUCAAGGUUAUAACCAAGGCCAAGGGGAGGCAGCUUCCUACUACGCCGGAGCGCCCCAGCACCAGCAGCAGCAAGGUUACGGACAGCAAGGAUACGGCCAGAAUCAGCAGCACCACCAGCGGGACUCCAACAACGGCCCUCAGGAAGAUGGCCCGGCCGGUGAACGCGGCAUGUUGGGUGCCCUGGGCGGUGGUAUCGCCGGCGCCGUGGGAGGCAACAAGAUCGGCGGCAAGGCGACUGGCCACAGCAAGACGAGUACCGUGAUCGGUGCCUUGGCUGGUGCCUUUGCCGGACACAAGCUGCAGGACGGCGUGUCCGACUGGAAGGACAACCGGGACGAAGAGAAGGAGAAGAAGAAGAAGGAAGAGGAAGAAGAAAAGCGGAGGGAAGAAGAGAGGAAGCGCAGGGAGGCAGACGAGAAGAGGCGCAGAGAGGAGGAGAAGAAGAACGAGCACCACCGGCCUCAGCACCACGAAGGACGGAAUCACUCCCCUCCCCGCCAUGAACACCACAACCAGUCUCGUGAUCGCGGUGUCAGCUACGCCGGCAACUUCAGCAGCUCCGCACGCGACACCCGCCUUGACGCCCACGGCGAGUACAUGCUGCACGCCUCGUGCAAGCGCCUGGACGGCUCCUACCAAAGCACCAGCAUCAGCCUGAACAAGAUCAUCGAGAACGACCGGGGCAGCUUCCGCUGGUCUUCAGGCGGCCGGAGCAGCGGCGGCGGCGGGCCAUCAAGCUACACCGUCCAACCCGGCGACACCCUGCGUAACAUUGCCGCCAAGUACAACACCUCGUUCGAGGAGAUCGCGCGCAUCAACAACAUCCCCAACCCCGAUCUGAUCCACCCCGGGACCAACCUCCAGAUUCCCGGCUCUGGCGGCAACAACAACAACAGCGGCGGUGGUGGUAACUUCGGGGCCUCGGCACGGGACGUGCGCCUUGCCGAUGGCGGCCGCAGGCUCGAGGGCGAGCUGCUCCGUGACGGAAAAUGGGUCGGCAGUUCCAUCAUCCUCGACGAGAGGCUGUCAAACAACAACGGCACACUGCAGUAUAUCGAGUAG